CCCAUUUCUCUUCUGUCAUCGCGGAAACAGAAAUUAAACAUUAGCCAAAACAAAAUGGGGUCAGCUCUGGAUACUCCAGCGAAGUGUCGUCUCUGCGAUGUUAUGACCGCUAAUCCCGUCACCCUGAAAUGUAAUCACCGGUUCUGCCAAAGAUGCAUUGGAGACUUGUGGAGCAUUAGCCCGUCCGGACCGUACCACUGUCCUGAGUCGAGGUGUAAAGUUGUAUACCAGACCCUUCCGUUCGAUAAGAGUUUCAUAAGGCCGACUACCCCGAGUCGACAGCCGCCUCCACGCAGUGCUGCAGGGACAUCAUCUAGUCAAAAUGAACAAAGUACAUCUGCCUCCGGCUUGAAGAGAACCUCACUGACCAGCCGGCUCCUUGGGAAGAGAAAGGCCAGCACUCCUGUUUCAGAGGAACAUGUCACAAAGCGAACAGCUGUGGAGUCUCCAUAUGACCGGUCCAGAACCACUGAGACUCCCACCACCUCCUUAUCAGAUGAGCCCGGGCAUUCAACUGUGGGGAUGUCCACAAAUGACGUGGACCCAGAAUCCACACUGUCUGCUAGGGGUGAUAGCAAAUCCCCCCCCAAGAACUCUGACAGCAAAGUAGCCGAAAACGAUGUGCCUCAAGAUGUCCCGGUGAAGCAGAACCAGCAAAAAAUAGAAUCAUCGGAUGAUUCUGACAGCUCCAGUGAAGUGGAUCUCUGUUAUGCUCCAAUUACUGCCACUCCCAAGAGGGAUGCAAGCACGGCAGGAAUUUACAUCUCGCCAAGGAAACCUGCCUCACCUGCAGUCUCCGAUAGCCGUCCUGCGGGCUUAAAUCCAGGGAAGGAAUCAGCUCCUGUCAACAGGACACCUUUGAUAGCCACUAAAAGCCCUGCACCUGCUUCGGGUUCCUCAAACCAUUUCGGGCUCUUCUUCAAACCAGAGAAGACAAGCACCAGCCCAGUCCCCUGUCAUUACUGCCCUAAAACCGGGUACCAGCCGGCUGUAAAGACCUGCCUGGUGUGCGGGGCAUCCAUGUGUAAAGAGCACCUUCGUCCUCAUCUGGAAUCGCCGGUGUUCCAGAACCACACCCUGGUUUCUCCCGUGGAAGACAUUUCCCUCUGGAGAUGCCAAGAGCACCACGAGAUAAACCGCAUCUACUGCAAACAGUGUGCGGCGUGCGUGUGUACUGUGUGCACGGUGAUUGGCUCCCACCGCGACCAUGCGUGUAUCAGCAUCAGGGAGGCGGAGAGAGAGCUCAGGGCAAGCCUGAAAGAAGAGAUCAAACAUCUGCAGGAGGCUGAACAGCAAGUGAAGAACAGAGUGGCUGAACUCACAGAGAAGAAAGAGACUUUCAGAGUGGUUUUAACUGAGGCACUAGACGGAGUAAAGCAGCAGUACAGAACCAUUAGAGAGGCUUUAGAACAAGAGGAACAAUCAGCUCUUUGCUGUGUGAUGAAGGAGGAAAGCAGGGUACUGGGGGGUCUGGCGAAAAAACUCUGCAUCCUCCAGAGCUCACUGCAAUCCAUCCAAAAUGGCCUCCACACACUGGAGGGUCUGGCUGAUGCCAGGGCGGACACACGUGUUCAGGACCAGGCCUUCAUUAUGGAGUACAGCCGGAUUUCUCAGCUCACCAGUGACAUGGGGAACUGUGUUGAACAGUUUGAGCCCCCAGAAGAAGUGGACCAUGACCGUUUGAGCUGCCUGCAGAAGUGGACAGAGAAACGACUGGACUCCGUCAUCAUCACCAUGCCAGGAAAAGACAGAGAUCUCUACAGGCUGCUGUAUGGCACCAUUCCAGCCAUGGAUGCAGAUACGGCUCAUCUGAAGCUGCAGCUUACUGAUGACAACAGGAAGGUGGCCUACAGCGAAUCCCCGCAGGCCUACACAGAGCACGAGGCUCGCUUCAGCUCCUUCCCACAAGUCCUAGCGUCUUUCGCCCUGGAGCAGGGCCGCUGGUACUGGGAGGUGUCUGUGUCCAUGGACGACGGCCGCUGGAAGGUGGGUCUGUGCGAGGGUCAAAUUGAAAGGAAGGGCCAAAAGGACAGCUCUCGACUGGGCUUCAACAGCUACUCCUGGUGCCUGGCCUGCGACAAGAGGAAGCUGGAGGCUGUUCACAACAAGGAGACGGUUCCUUUAAGGGCAGAGGGGCUGCAAAGGGUGGGAGUGUUCCUUGACUUCGAAGAGGGCAGCUUGUCAUUUUUUAAUGUGACACUAGGGGGCAGUCUUGCUUUAUUGCAUUCUUACAAGCACAAUUUUUCUGAGCCUCUUUACCCUGCUCUUUCUGUGUCUAAAACCCAGCUGACCAUCUGUGAUCUGUUCCAUUCAUAAAUCAAGCAGCAGUGGCAUCUCCGCUCUGUUGAAGGUCCUACAACGUUUGUUAUAGCUCGUGCCUUUUUAUAGAACUUUGAAUAUUUUUAUUCUCAUUUAAAUGUGACACUUCUUAAUAUCGUUAAGAUGAUGAUUCUAUAUUUUGCUAAACCCAAAAAAUGCUUGGGUGUGAUUUCUAAAUGAUUUGUUAACACUGGAACUGAACCAAGGUGACCUACACUUUUGACAAGUUGUAAUAUUUUCUUUUUGUCUGAGAUUUUACCUAAAAGGCAGACCAUGCAUGCACAAACUUGGAAUCAAAUUUGUAUUUAAUUGCAUCUUAUUUUCCAUCUUCAACCUGCUGUGCUUCUGUGAAAUAAAAUGCCGGCUUCAAAGACCAAAA